GGGUCCAUUUCCAAGAUGGCAGUAGCCCCCCGGCCGUUUGGGGGGCUCUGUUUCCGUUUCCGGGACCUGAAUCCGGAAGUGGCCGUUGAGGGGCCUCUUCCUAUCUUCAGCUGCUGCGGCUGUGAGAGGAGGGUGACGGCCAUGGCGGCAGUCGCAGCAGAUCCGGCGGCUGUGGAUGCGGCCGAGGACCGAGAGCCACAGCGCAAAGCCGUGCCGGGCCUGGAGAGCCAGCGGCGCCAGAUCAAGAGCAGCGAGAGUGGGCGAGAGCGUCCCCUGCGGGCCGGCGAAAGCUGGUUCCUCGUGGAACAGCACUGGUACCAACAGUGGGAAUUGUACGUGCAGGGAGGAGACCAGGACUCCAGCACCUUCCCUGGCUGCAUCAACAAUGCUAAACUCUUUGAAGACCAGGUAAACUGGCGCCUCAAGAAGGGACUGGUGGAAGGUGAGGAUUAUGUGCUGCUCCCAGAGGCUGCUUGGCAUUACCUGGUCAGCUGGUAUGGUCUAGAGCAUGGCCAGCCGCCAAUUGAGCGCAAGGUCGUGGAGCUGCUCAGUAUCCAGGAGGUCGAGGUGUACCCAGUAGAACUGCUGCUUGUCCAGCACAGUGAUAUGGACACACCUUGCACUGCUCAAUUCAGCCACACAGAUUCUGUUGACCUAGUUUUGCGUACCGCUCGAGAGCAGUUUCUGGUGAGCCCCCAGGAAGAGACACGACUGUGGGUCAAGAACGCAGAGGGCUCUUUUGAGAGGUUGUGCAACACACGUGUCACAGUGCUCGACGCCGCCCUCAAGACUGGGCAGCUGGUUGUCAUGGAGACCCGAAACAAGGAUGGCACUUGGCCCAGCGCACAGCCGCAUACCACGAAAAGUGCAUCAGAGGAUGAGAACUUCCAGGGCCAGCCAGGCAUCUGUGGUCUCACCAACCUGGGCAACACGUGCUUCAUGAACUCGGCCCUGCAGUGCCUCAGCAAUGUGCCACAGCUCACUGAGUACUUCCUCAAAAACCGCUACCUGGAGGAGCUCAACUUCUGCAACCCACUGGGCAUGAAGGGUGAGAUUGCAGAGGCCUAUGCAGACCUGGUGAAGCAGGCGUGGUCUGGCCACCACCGCUCCAUCGUGCCCCAUGUGUUCAAGACCAAGGUCGGCCACUUUGCGUCCCAGUUUCUGGGCUACCAGCAGCAUGACUCACAGGAACUGCUGUCGUUCCUCCUGGAUGGGCUGCAUGAGGACCUCAAUCGUGUCAAAAAGAAGGAAUAUGUGGAGCUAUGCGAUGCGGCUGGGCGACCAGAUCAGGAGGUCGCUCAGGAGGCCUGGCAGAACCACAAACGGCGGAACGAUUCUGUGAUCGUGGACACUUUUCAUGGCCUCUUCAAGUCCACGCUGGUAUGCCCUGAUUGUGGUAACGUGUCUGUGACCUUUGACCCCUUCUGCUACCUCAGCGUCCCACUGCCUGUCAGCCACAAGAGGGUCAUGGAGGUCUUCUUUGUCUCCAUGGACCCCCGCCGCAAGCCAGAGCAGCACCGGCUAGUGGUCCCCAAGAAAGGCAAGAUCUCGGAUCUGUGUGUGGCUCUGGCCAAACACACUGGUGUCUCGCCAGAAAGGAUGAUGGUGGCUGAUGUCUUCAGUCACCGCUUUUAUAAGAUCUACCAGCUGGAAGAGUCUCUGAGCAGCAUCUUGGAUCGAGAUGAUAUCUUCAUAUAUGAGGUGUCGGGCAGGUCUGCUAUCGGUGAGAACUCCAGAGAGGAUGUUGUCCUUCCUAUCUACCUGCGGGAGCGCACCCCAGCCCGGGACUACAACAACUCCUACUAUGGCCUGAUGCUCUUUGGGCACCCGCUCCUGGUGUCUGUGCCCCGGGACCGGCUCUCCUGGGAUGCCCUAUAUCACAUCCUCCUGUACCGCCUCUCACGCUAUGUGACCAGACCUAGCUCAGAUGACGAGGAUGAUGGGGAUGAGAAAGACCUGGAGGAUAAGGACAACAUCCCCAAGCCUGGACACGUGGCUGGGGGCAGCUCCCAAGACCCUGGGCCCGAGCAGGCUGGGCCCAGCUCUGGAGUUGCAGGCGGGAGCCGGGCCCCCGUGGACAACUCCGCUGGACCAUCUCACUGGCCCCAGAGGGCACGGCGCAAGCACCUGUUUACCCUGCAGACAGUGAAUUCCAACGGGACCAGCGACCGCUCGACUUUCAACGAGGAUACCCAUGCCCAGCCGUACAUUGCCAUCGACUGGGAACCAGAGAUGAAGAAGCGUUACUAUGACGAGGUGGAGGCUGAGGGUUAUGUGAAGCAUGACUGCGUUGGGUAUGUGCUAAAGAAGGCUCCGGUGCGGCUGCAGGAGUGCAUUGAGCUCUUCACCACUGUUGAAACCCUGGAGAAGGAAAACCCCUGGUACUGCCCCUCCUGCAAGCAGCACCAGCUGGCCACCAAGAAGCUGGACCUCUGGAUGCUGCCUGAGACACUCAUCAUCCACCUGAAGCGCUUCUCCUACACCAAGUUCUCCCGCGAGAAGCUGGACACCCUUGUGGAGUUUCCGAUCCGAGACCUGGAUUUCUCUGAGUUUGUCAUCAAGCCGCAGAACGAGUCGGCCCCAGAGCUGUACAAAUAUGAUCUCAUCGCCGUUUCCAACCACUAUGGGGGCCUGCGUGAUGGACACUACACGACGUUUGCCUGCAACAAGGACAGUGGCCAGUGGCACUACUUUGAUGACAGCAGCGUCUCGCCUGUGACUGAGAAUCAGAUUGAGUCCAAGGCAGCCUAUGUCCUCUUCUACCAACGUCAGGACGUGGCGCGUCGCCUGCAACCCCAGCCUGCCUCAUCUGACCCCCCAGCAUCCCUGGGCUCCAGUUCCCCACCCAACUCUGAGUUCAUGGAUGUAAACUGACAGGCCCUGGCUCCGCCACAGGGAAGGACGCCAUCUCUGCUCUCUUCUACCCCGUAUCCAUCCCCAUCCUCUUACCUCUGUUAGGUUCCCCGUGCCAGGCAUCACAGGCUUAGUUGUGGCUACUGUUCUCCUGUGCCGCUAUAUUGCUCUCUCCCAGAGAAGACGACGUCGUGUCUCCUCCCAGCAGUGUGUUCCCCGCCUGUGUUUGCCCCUUAGAGCUUUCACCUUCCCUUCUCUUCUCUAUUUAUGGUUGUCCCUGUCCCUCCGUCCUCAUCUUGGGGUGUUCUGAGCCGGGUGUGGUGGGUGCACCUGAACACAGAGUGUAUUUUCUUAUCAAGACCUGUACCUUCCACUCUGUAUAUAUAAAGUGCCAGUGUGUUCCUCGA